GCAGGGUCUAGCGCUAGCAUAGAUGACGCAGGAAAUGACGGCUAAAGUAAAAUAAGGAAUGUGUCGCAUAAUGUUGACGUCAAAGGACGCUUUGUCGCAAAGUGCAACCACACACGAGGGCUAUAGUGCCAAUCUCUACCAUUUUCAGCCGUCAUGGGAAAACAGAAGAAACAGAAAAAAUAUGCCACCAUGAAAAGAAUGAUCAGUUUAAAGGAUCAGAGGAUAAAAGAACAGGACAGGGCAAAAACACAAAAGAAGAAGAAAGAAGAUCCCUCAGUCAUUAAAGAACAAGAAGUAGCGAAGCACCCAUCUUGUAUGUUCUUUCAAUACAACACCCAGCUUGGACCUCCAUAUUACAUCCUUGUUGAUACCAACUUUAUCAACUUUUCUAUUAAGGCCAAAUUAGAUGUUGUCCAGUCAAUGAUGGACUGCCUCUAUGCUAAAUGUGUUCCUUGCAUAACGGACUGUGUGAUGGCUGAACUUGAGAAAUUAGGGAUGAAGUUUCGAGUGGCUUUGCGGAUUGCAAAAGAUCCCCGCUUUGAUCGAUUACCUUGCUCACACAAAGGAACGUAUGCUGAUGACUGCUUGGUGCAAAGAGUAACGCAGCACAAAUGUUACAUUGUGGCCACGGUGGACAGGGACCUAAAAAGGAGGAUUCGAAAGAUCCCAGGAGUCCCAAUAAUGUACAUCUCCAAUCACAGGUAUAACAUUGAGUGGGUGGAUGCCAUUGUUGAUUAUGGAGGGUUAACUUGGUACAAUAAAGUUUUUGGCAUCCCAGAUCCCCAGCAGCUCAGAGUACAUCAGAGGAAAUUAAAAGGUGGAGAAAAUAAAGGAGGAAAAUUAUCUGCAACCAAUGAAAAUGACUAA